AUGCCAUCACGCUACGGACUCAUCGGGAGCCCGAAAUCCAAACCCGGGUCUCCCACAGUGGGUCAGUCUCUGGAGGACCUCCGCUGCAUGUUCUCCUGGAGCCCCUCAUCACCACGGUGGAGGCUGUGGAUCGUUUUCCUCACCUGUCUGUCGAUUGUCGGGUGCAGCUCACCGGCUCCCCCGGAAUCUUCAGCAGCAGACCUAAUGGACCACUACAACAACAGCCUCAGCUCCAUUCUGGACAUUCAUGCCCCACUGAAGACCCGGACUGUCAACUUCACCCGCUCAGCUCCCUGGUACACCAACCAGCACAGGGCCAUGAAAAGGUCAGGCCGUGUCCUGGAGCGGGCCUAUACUACAUGUGGGCUGACGGUGCAUAAGUUGGCCUACCGGGAACAUCAGAAAUCCUACGCAAAAGCACUCUCAUCAGCAAGUUGCGUUCCCAUCACACCCCAACAGUAA